AUGAGCAUGCUACCCAUCAUACAACCCCACCAUAUACUUUCCCUGAGCAAGAAAUCUUCCAUUUCUCGAAGAGCGGACGGCGCUACAUCCGAAGAUCUCGACUAUGACGACGACUUGGAUAAGGCACGUGCUGAGGGUCAGGCCGAAGGCGCUUCCGGUGAAGUCGAUACCGGGCGUAUUGAACUAGACGCGAGUCUACAUAACUCCCUUCCAACCUCAGAACUCGCCUCAGCACCGACAGACUCCAUUGAUACAUCUAGUCCAUGCCCCGGGACUUGGGUCUCACUAGCAGCACAGCGUGCCUUCUGCUCCCGCACAAGCCGUUGGCAACCACUGCAAGAUCAGACCCACCAGCAAGGUGUCGGCAGUAUCACUGGAAGCACGUCAGUGGAGUCUGCGCUCCACUCCCUCCCCAAGUCUUCCGACAGCAGCGAUGAUGGAUGGACAGAUGAGAACAUGGCUGAAUUGGAGAAAGAACUGGGGUUGGCUUUGGGAGAGCAACAAGUGGAGUCAUCAUCGGCCCGCACACCUAUCUCCCCAAGUCCUCGUCGGCCGAGGCACCAUAGGACGAGAUCCAGAGUCGAGAACGCAGCGAAACCACUGGUAGUCGACCAGAAGAGUUGCGAGAUGAUUGUUGAUGUGGUACCCUAG